AUGCUGUACUGUAUGGAUUUAUGGGUGGGAUUUAUCUCACUUCCCGGACUGCGCCAUGUUUCCCCGAAGCGUUGUAAGACUCCACAUUUGAUGAAAUUUGGAGCCAAAUUUUCAACAGUUCAUGAUUUUUAUUCUUCUUCAAAACAAUUACCAAUUCCAAAACAAUUAAAAUUACAUGUUACACAAGCAUAUACAGAAUUUUGUGCUUUAGAUAUUCGAACAUUCAAUGUGAUGAUAGGCGAUGGUUUUCAGAAUCUGGCAAAAGUUUUAUUUGAUGCAGGUCGUUCAAUGUAUAAGUCGUCAAUUGAAAUAAAAGAUCUUCUUGCGCAUCUGACCACAAUUAGUCGGAAUGUUAGUCGACUUUAUGAAGAAUUAGUAAAUCAUCAGAAAGAAAAGUAA